AGCCACUCAGGCCAGAAGUUCACCCAAGCUCCCCCCACCCCUUUGGGGCCCAGCGGGCAGCCGCCACACCGCGGGUCGUGCCGCUGCGAAGGCUACCUCCAUGGCGGACGGUGGCGGCGCCGCCGAGGCCGCGCCGCCGGUGAGCGGCCUCGGGAACUUCAAGGGCGUCAUGCUGUGCAACCGGCCCUCGGACUCAGCCAACAAGCCGGCCGCCAGCGGAGCCGACGGCACCAUGCCCUUCAAGACCACAUGCUCGCACACGGAGCGCGAGCAGCUCGGCCUCGCCCCGUGCCGGAACUUCGAGCCCGCCGUGAAGAAGCGGGGGCCGUCCGCAGCGUUGCGGCGGCACGUGGAGUGGCUGAAGGAGCUCCAGAGCGAGAUGCGCGAGGAGCGUGAGCAGUUCGAGAUUGAGGACAAAGACAAGGAGGUCCGCAAGCAGAAGAUGAAGGCCGGCAUCGAGAAGCACCGGAGCGCCGUGAAGGAGAUGCUGGCCGCCCGGAGCAAGUUGAUGGACGAAGAGCAAAGGGCCGUUGACAAGUUGAAGCGGGAGCAGCGCGAGAGCACUAAGAAGCCCGCCGUCAAGCCGCUGUGGGCGAUGACCGAGACGGAGAAGGACGAGUUCGAGGAGGAGGCGGCCGACGACCUCAUCAAUUUCGCUGAGGGCCUGGACUUCGAGAAGUUCGUGGGUGACCUGGAGUUCCGCCAGGGCCUCGAGGCGCUCAAAGACCGCACCGGGAAGCUAAAGAAGGAGCAGGAGGCCUUCAAGGAAUCGCUGGUGCGCGAUUUCAAUGUGGCGCACGAGGAGGAGCAGAGCACCGAGCCUGGCAGCCCCCGCAACCUUGAGGACGGAAUCGACGGCUCCAGCAUCGCUGGCAGCGACGCGGUCAGCGCCACCUCGAGCCGGAGGCGGGCCCGCGCCGCGGCCCGCGCCAACCUCGACGGGAAGGCGGAGUGGGACAACUCUACCAACGCUGGGGACGGGCCCGUGGUGGACGAGAGGGUAAGGGACGAGGCCACCAUGGUCCUGGAGUCCAACUCGCAGAUGCGUGCUGUUCACUCCCAGGCCUCCGUGCAGAAGAUGAUACAGAAGGUCAGGGCACAGCAGCCCCUCUCGCUGCGGGAGCAGAUGGAGCAGGACGACGGCCAAGUGGCGGCCCCGAUGGUCGUCGCCUCCGAGGACACGCUGGCGCGGCAGCAGAAGCAGGUCAACCCUUCCCAGCUGCCCUACCUAUACCGGUCGCCGGCGGUGUGAGGGGGCCAUCUUCGGCGAUUUGGAUCCGUCACGCGAUGCGAAUCGGAGGAGGAGUAGGAGGAGGAUAAUAUAAAGAGAAGGAAGAGGAGGGGGAUCUAGUGGAGAGGGGGAACUUCGCAUCACAAUCGGCGCACUUCGCCGCUGCCCCGCGCCG